AUGGAAGAGGCUACACACCUUGCAGAACGUCUCACUUCCGUGCUGAUUGCCAAGAUUUUCCAAGAGAUGUCAUUAGUUAGUAAGCUGAGAGAAGAUUUGGAACUCAUCUACGAUGAACUCGAGUGUAUCAAAGGCCUGCUCAAAGACACCGGCGGGCCUGAAAGGGCAAACUGCAGUUCAACGAGGAUAUGGCUGCAGAAACUUGAAGACUUCCUUAACGAGGCUCUCGACGAGUUGGAGGACACAUCUCAGCCUCAGUCCUCUAACUACAUCUCCCGCUACCUGUUGGGCCGUAAGAUUCGAGUGUUGAAGAAGAAAAUCAGUAACAUCCCUAGGAGUCCAAAGUAUUUCGAAUUUCUUGAAGGCAGGGAUGCGACGCCCUCUUCCAUGUUACUCAGUGAAAAUUCAUUACUGAAUAGAGAAAAAGCAACUGCGCUGAUUGUGGAAGCUACAACGGUGGGAAUGCAGAGAGAUAUUGAUAAGAUUACUAGAUUGCUUGUCAGUACAGAAAGCUCUCAUCAGAUCAUUGCUGUAACAGGGAUGGGAGGGUUAGGCAAAACUCUCCUCCUUCAACACGUCUUCAAUAGCCAAGGGAUCAAAGGAUUUUUUAAAAUUUCAAUUUGGGUGGCAGUAUCCCAAAGCUUUAUGGAGAUUCAAAUUCUCGAACACAUAGCCCAGCAAAUAGAGCUACAUGAUGGAGGAGGAAGACAGCCAACUGUGGAGCAGCUCAGACAUGGCAUCUAUAGCCACCUGCACGGAACGGAAAGGCCGUGUUUACUUGUUCUGGAUGAUGUGUGGGACAGGCAUUCAUUAGAAAAAAUAAUGAAGUGCUUUCCGUUGAGGGGCAACAAUAAAGUGAUGCUUUCAACGCGUAACCAGAAAGUUGCAGAAUCUAUGGGAGCUCACAGUAUCCAUCAAAUGGAAUUAUUGUCUCCAGAAGACAGUUGGAUGUUAUUCUCCAUUCAUGCGUUCCCUGACUGCCACAAUAACGAUCCGCCAGUGGAGUUGAAGGAAUUGGCCCUCGCCAUUGAAAGAAAAUGCUCCAGGUUACCCCUGGCCGUGAAGACAGUAGCAGCAUCUAUGGCAAGCGUCCAGCGGCUUCCCAAUGUGUGGGAAUCCACAUUGAAAGCGUUGGAUGAUGUCGGCACAAUCCAGGAGGACGUUCUGCCGAUCUUGAAGUUAAGUUACGACGCUCUGCCAAAUUAUCUAAAACCUUGUUUUCUGUUCUGUUCUGCUUAUCCUGAAGAUGCUAGAAUGAAUUGUGAGUACCUGGUACAAGUAUGGGUUGCUCAAGGAUUUGUUAAUGCUAAAGAAACACAAGAUCCAUAUGAACUAGGAUUUUCUUAUCUUAACCUACUCAUUGAUCGUUGCAUGAUUGAAUUUGUUCCAUAUGAUGGGAACGAUUAUAUCAUUAAGUACUGCAAAAUGCACGAUCUUCUACAUGAUCUGGCUCUUUCAGAAUCUCAGAAACAAAGAUGUUUAUUUCAGACAGGAACAAAUCUGGAGAAGAUCCCACUAGAGAAUUGCCAAGGCCAGCGGAGGAUUUCAUUGAUUAAAAACAAAAUAGCUGAUCUUGACAAACCUAUCCACUCCCCUAGGCUCCUCACCCUACUUCUAUGGAACAAUCUUCCUCUCAAAUCAAUAUGUGAACAGUUUUUCAAUAGACUGAAGCAUUUAUGUGUGUUAGACCUGAGCCAGACUUCUAUCAAGUCGUUACCCAAGUCUAUUGCCAAAUUGACACAUUUGAGAGCCCUCAAUUUAUCGAGAACAUACACCAAGAAGCUGCCAAGAUGCUUAAGUGGUCUCUUAAGGCUUCAAUUGCUGGAUGUUAGUUGGUGCGAAGAGUUGACAAGUCUGCAUUCAGGGAUAAGCAACAAUCAAUCUUUGCUACAUCUGAAUGUGACAGGCUGUAAAAACAUGGUACGGUUUCCCGUGGGAACAUCUAAUCUUUUCUCUUUGCGAAUAUUAGGAGAAGUAGUAUUUGAUUUGAGGGGAAACCCAAAAAAUUCAUUGAAGUUGACGCAUCUCAAAGGCUUGACUCUGCUCCAACAACUCUCAGUUGCAAUCAGCUCCGCCGUUAGAGCUUCCAAACAAUAUAUUUGGAGAGAUGGAAUCAUGGAAAACAUGCGAAAUUUCUUUUUUGAUAAUCGGGAUCAGAAUUCACAUGUUGAGCUUCCAGAGGACAUGGCUGUCAUGAAACGACUGAACAACCAGUGUAUCGAUUUCACUCCCGAGUCUGAGACCAUCGAUUUCGCUCCGGAGUCUAGGAAUUCUGUCUCAUUUCCGAACCUGGAGAAACUGAUUAUAGAAGAAUUUUCCCAGCUGCAAAAGUUUCCAGUACUGGGAGAUAAAGCAAUGCCAAAGCUACAAUAUUUUCGCUUGGUGAAUUGCAACCAGCUGGAAGGAUUGCCUCAAGGCUUGGAUCUACUCAAUAGCCUUCAAGUCCUACAAGUGAUCGGCUGUGGUGAAAGGUACUGCUUCAACGAUCUUAAGGAAAAUGGUUGUUAUUGCCAAAAGUUCCGACGUGAUAUCCAAGUAAUAUCGAGGAAAUAG